AUGGAGAGCCCAUUGAAGGAUCUAGAUGUGAAUGUAGCAUUCAGAUGUGGUGAUACGGAUGUGAAAAGGGUUGUUAGAGAAGAGCCGCCGAUGGCAAAAGUGAUGGACGCGUUGGAAUGUGGAGAGACAUGGUACAACCAGUCAGGCUUAGAUGAACGGUGUGUGUCCUUAGAGAUUGAUUGGUUCGAGUUUCGUGCUAUCGAGUGGAACCAGGGUUUGAUAGCUGUCUUCAAUACUCAUAAAGGCACGGUGGCGGCUAAAUGCAGAAUGGAGCAAGAAGUUAUAAAAGCGCUCAGUAAGUGCCGAUGGGUUACUCUACAUCUUACCCAGAUGAUGUGUAAAGACGAUUUGUCUUUCCAGUCCGAUUUUCGUCUAUGUGCCGACUUCAAGUCAAUUUCAAUCGCGAAACCGCAAUUUGAACCACUCUACAAAGAUUUAAUGAACCACCUAGACCUAUUUGAACACCAAUGGACACAAUUGAUGCCAUCGAUUCCACCUAAGGAUCCCGGUCUGAGCGGCUGCAUUCUCGCAUCGCCCAGUGCCCCAUCAAUAGAGACCCAGGAACUAUCCCUAACCCCAAGACAAGUAACCUAUCUCAUCGGCACGGCCGGAACAAGAAUUGAAACUACAAGAGAUCAUUCUCAAGCAACGAUAAAAGUGCUACCACUCCCGCAUCGCACUCGCUCAAAAACACAAACACUUGCCAUAACAGGAACGACUCAUCAAGUAGCCGCCGCUCUCGCACUCCUCGAAGCUCAAUUGACCAUUCACAAGCUUCAACCAAACCGUCUUUUCUAG